AUCGGACGACAUUUAACUUGCAAAAGCUAACAGUAAUAAGACUUUCCUGAUUUCUCGUUGCUGACAUAGUUAGAAAAGUUCGUACAUUUCUCUGGGCGUCGAAAGCUCGUCGUAGACAAUAGAAGAGAACAUCGCAUUAUCAGAAAAACAAAUGAAGAAGAGAGAGAGAUUGAGAGAGAGAGCGAGAGAGAGAGGGGAAGAGAGAGAGAGAUUGAAAAAUUGAGCAGCCAUACAAGUAGUCAAGCAAGCCGAGGAUAAGCGAAAACAUGGAACUUAAAAAUUUCGCUGGAAGUUUUCCCAGCGAUUUCGCAAAAUUUCACAGAAUUUCACAAAAUUUCGCGACUUUUACGAUUCUUUUAGCAAACUUUUAAAAAGCUGUUACUCGACCGUUCCGCGGCGGGUUCGGUGUUAAUAGAAAUUUAGCGCGGAAAAUAUCGCAAAACAAUACCGGCGACGAAAUAAAUGAAGAAACGCGGAAAGAUUUAAACGUCGCGUUUCGCUCGAGGAGCGUUUUUUUCUCUCCCCCGCGAACUCUUUUAGACCGCGCUUUUCCAUAUUCGUAUUUUAUUUCUGGUCCCAUUCGAACGAAUACGCACACGCACAGAGGCGCGGCCACGUACCACACAGACAGUUCGACAGACCCUGCUAUCAGCACACAUCUCCGGCAUCGCAUCUUCCAUUUUCCUGUUUCUGUUGGCAACAACAAUUUUUCUAGCCGCGUUGAAUGUCAGCUCGCAGUUUUUUCCCCUCUGACACUAUUAAAUGCGUUUCGAAUUUAAUUAAAGUUCGCUUUUGAUCCAGCCGAACUACCGCGCGGAGCCGGCCAAAUUGAGAAAAAACGAACACACACACGUACAUACACCAGGGAAUAUAUUCUUUUGUUUGUGUUUCAUCGGGGCACCGCGUUCGUUUAUUCGUUUCUUUUCAAAAUGGUAACCGUUCAAUCAGUUUUCGGACUUGUCUCUUCGAGCGAAGAUGUCGGACGGUUCCAUUGCGCGCGCGCGCGCGGUCUCAAAACUCAUCUCGCUGUCCAAUUCACGAGUUGUUUGACGCGAGGUCCCAUUAUGGAUUAAACCGUUCAAACUGUCUUCAUCGGUGUCGGAGCAUUUGUUCCGAGAUGGAAUAGAAUUUCAGACACGGCGACUGAUCGCGACAGCGGAAAGGAAAAAAAGCAAGGCUGGUCGACGAACCGCGCGGAUCCCCGAAAUUCCGCGCGCCGAUGGCAACACAGGAAGACCGGACAGCCGAAUUAACGAUCGAUUAAUGUGUUCUAUGACGGCCGCUUAAUAGCCCGUGAUAUCGAGCAUCCGCGAUGCACGCGAACAACUGCACGAUUUCCCGCCGAGCUUAAUCUAAAUGGACAGCCGGGAAGAGUCCCGUUCGCUCGUUUUAAUUCGCGGCCGCGUGUAAGUGAUAGUUCUUCUUUUUCAUUUCCCGCGCCGAAGGGAACAGGACAGACAACGAGGAUCGUCGACAAAGUGCCGGGCGUUGUUCUCCCUUUCAUUCUCGUCGGAAGCGGCGUUCGUCGACGAAAGGAACACGAUCGCGCGUCGCGCGAAGCGCCGCGUCGGCGAAAGGAUCCGCGCGCGCAGUGAUUUUCGGGUCGCCGAUCGACUUCCGGGGGUCGCCGAUCAGCUUCCGGGGCGCAUCGGCGAAGGAUCCGGCCGGCGGUAGGAAUUAUGAGCAGGCGGAUCGGCGAUCGUCGCCGGCGGAUACAGUAAAAAGAGGCGUCCGCGCGUCUCGCGGAGUAAAAUCCGGCGAGGCCCCGUGAGAGAGAGGCCCCGGUUCUCGGCGAUAUUAAAACUCCGGGGGGAUCGGAAUUACGGUCGGCGCGCCGGUUAAAACCGUACAAAUGGAUCCGGCGAAUCGAUAAUGCACAAUUGUAAAUCCUGGCCCGAAGCGAGCCGCGUGUCUGAUGAAUAAUACAAUUCCCCCGGCCGCGUCGGAUCCUCCUCGCCUCCUCGGCCACCCGGGGAAAAGCUCCGGAUAGAAUCGUGGGAUCCUUAUCGACGGGCGCCGCGACGCGUCGCGCGUCCACGGCACCCCUUCUUCUCGCAGACAUUGUUCGAGCGUGUUCCCGACGCGCGCGGCCCGUGUGUCGUUUUCGACAACGGUCGAAAAAGAGCCUCGAUCGCCGAGCGAUCGCGCGCCGCUCUCGCCGAGAAAAGAAAGAAGGCGGCCGCGCGAGGCGGGCGACCGAAAUCGCGCGCGAAUCGGCCGCGAUCGAUUGAAUUGCAAAGUCUCGCGAUUAGUUAUGGUUCCGGGCCGAAGUUCGCGCGCGUCGCAACGAUAAACCGGGGGAACAGCAUGACAGUGAUGUGGGUGGAUGUGGAUCCUCGUUUCACGGUCUACUUCGAUCGCGCCGAGUAACUGAUAAAGAGGUCGGGGCGCGCGCGGAACGCUCUCUCGUUCACGCUCGUUCACGUUCGCGGCCGGCGAAGAGGAGAAUCGACACCGAGAAUUUCUGGAGACCAAGGCGACAGCAUGAGGGAGCAUCCGGGAAGAUGGCUGUGCGUCGCGCUCUCCUUGAUCACGUUUCUUUCCCGUCAAACCGAAUGCGCGGUGAAGAGCGGCGGAGCGGUGGUGGAGCACCAUCAGUCCUCCUACUGGGAGCAGCCCUUUAGCCAGCCGUACUUCGACAACACGACGAAGAGGGAGACGACGACGACCGUCGGGCAGACCGCGCACCUGCACUGCAGGGUGCGCAAUCUGGGCGAUCGUUCGGUCUCAUGGAUCAGGCAACGAGACUUGCACAUCCUCACCGUAGGAAUCCUAACGUACACAAAUGACCAGCGUUUCACGUCGUUGCACAGCGAUGGAACUGACGAAUGGACCUUGAAGAUUACUUCGCCGCAGGUCCGGGAUAGCGGAAUCUAUGAGUGUCAAGUUUCAACCGAACCGAAAAUUAGCCAGGCUUUUAACUUGAGCGUCGUAGUGUCGAAGGCAAAGAUCAACGGCAAUUCAGAGCUGUACAUCAAAAGCGGAAGCGACAUCAAUCUAACCUGCGUCGUACUGCAGACACCUGAGCCGCCGUCCUUCAUUUACUGGUACAAAGGUGAUCACGUAAUAAAUUACAGUCAAAGAGGAGGGAUCAGCGUGGUUACGGAAAAGCAAACGCGAACGUCACGCCUCUUGAUCUCCAGAGCGUUACGUGCUGAUUCUGGAAAUUACACGUGUGCCCCGUCUUCGGCCGAGUCAGCUAGUGUCCUAGUCCACGUACUCAAUGGGGAGCAUCCGGCGGCGAUGCAGCACGGGAACUCGAGCAACAGCGGCGCGGCGACGAGGACGCUCGCGUUGCUCCUGUUGCUUCUGCACGCCGGCUCGUUCGCGAGGUGACUGGUCGAUCACGGAGCUUCCCAAUAAGAACCGAAGAACCGAAGGUCGUAUCCCCUUUAUUUAAUCGAGCAAGAGAGACCGAACGGACGGCGGGAACGGAAGCAACGACGACGACGACGACGACGGCGGCGGAAGACAGCGAGGAAGAAGGCAAGAAAGAAGCGUCUCGAUCAACAACAGUAAGCACCCUGUGCUCCCCCAUCCCCCCCACAUCAUAUAUCACCUUUGAUCUUUCUUUUCCCUGAUCAACCGAGAGAGAGAGAGAGAGAGAGAGAGAGAGAGAGAGUGAGAGAGAGUGAGAGAGAGAGUGAGAGAGAGAGAGAGACCAGGCAGAUCAGUCGAGGAAACCACGAACCAGCGACCGCUGCGAAUCCUCGCGAAACUCGUCCUCCAAGCGGACACCUCGAGGAUUCCAGCUAGGAGCAGUGUCCACGGCAGACGAAAUGGACGCGAACGGUGCCCCGAUCACCGUGGCCCGGUCACGGGACACAUUUGCCAUCGGAUCUGCCGUCGUGUUCAGCCAAGGAAAGAGGACGCCGACUCGCGCUGGACCGCGCUUGCCUAGACGAGCGGCCCGCGACGCCCGGGAUUAGUCAAAUCUGCAGUGCGUCUAACAGAGCGAUCAGUGUUCACGGCUUCUUGUUUGUAUCCGUAGAUGUUCCCGGCGUGUCGAUCGAACCAAGAUCGAUCUCCAAGGCUCGGACACUGUUUUGUUCCGAACAGCGAGUUCGCCGCGGUUCGCCGUGCGAGGCUCGCGCGGCUCCCGGACCACGCAGCCUCCACAGACAAUGCUAGAUCGCGCGUCCUCUUUCGUUCCGGCGCGGCAAGAUCGGACGAGGAGAGAGAUUCUCGGCGACAUUGUAAAUGGGUGUUUUAGUAUGAGACAGUUGGACUCGGUGCGAUCCACGAGACGCGCGCUCUGCGACGACGCGACGAUCAGCGAGGACCACGAAGCGGCUCGGCGGGUCGUUAUUCGCGGUUAAGCAGGACCCGGACCAGCUUUUCCAUGCCAGUUUUUGGGUAACGCUUCGGUGUACGCUGUAUCUUGAAACGGUACCGGCUCUCCACGGAUCUUCCAGCGUUUCGUCCUCGGGGGGAUUAUUUAGCCGUUUCGAGGAGAAUUGAGGAGCGACGAGGUUCGGAGAGUUUGAGGGAGAUUUGAGGAUAUUUUAGACUACGUUGCAAUGAAAUCAGAUUCUUUUGGAAUAAUUGAGGGUUUUUUUAACAGUACUGCAAAUUCUUUUGAAAUGAUUGAGGGUUUUUUUAACGAUACUGCAAAUUCUUUUGGAAUAAUUUAGGGUUUUUUAAUGGUACUGCAAAUUCUUUUGGAUUACUUGAGGGUUUUUUUAAUGGUACUACAAAUUCUCUUGGAAUAAUUGAGGGAUUUUUUAACGGUACCGAAAAUUCUUUUGGAAUAAUUGAGGGUUUUUUUAAUGGUACUGAAAAUUCUCUUGGAAUAAUUGAGGGUUUUUUUAACGGUACCGAAAAUUCUUUUGGAAUAAUUGAGGGUUUUUUUAAUGGUACUGAAAAUUCUCUUGGAAUAAUUGAGGGUUUUUUUAACGGUACCGAAAAUUCUUUUGGAAUAAUUGAGGGUUUUUUUAAUUGUACUGCAAAUUCUCUUGGAAUAAUUGAGGUUUUUUUAACGAUACUGCAAAUUCUUUUGGAAUAAUUGAGGGCUUUUUUAACGGUACUGCAAAUUAUACUUAAUUGUCCACCAGGUUCUAAUUUAUUUGGGCAGAGGAGAUACGAUUAUGAGAGCCUUGCUUCUAUCGAAAUAAUAGAACGAUUAUUUACGGUACAGCAAAUUCUCCCUGAUUGUCUUUCAGCUACCACACG